GGCUUACUAAAGAACAAGUAGAAGUUCACAUUCCUAUUCAACCUACUGGAAAGCGUGAAGAAGCUCAACAUGGGAUUACUUUGAGUAAAUUGAGAAAGAUAGGUGCAGAUCAUGCUAGCAGGAUCCAUGGAAUAGAAAAUUAUGGCGUAAUGAAUGACUCACCUUCUUGCAAUUGUUUGAAAGCAUCCCAGAAGAACCAGAGUAAGUACAAAAGUCUUAAUGAUAGGAAAGUGACUGAUAAAGGUCUAUGUGCAAUUGCACGGUCAUAUCAUAAACUAGAAUAUCUAAAUAUUUCUUAUCACACAAAGAUUAUUGGGAUAUCGAUUUGUGAUAUUAUCCAUUCUUGCCCAAGGCUUCAACAUUUUGAAUUUAGCUAUUGCAAAUUUACUAAUGAGAUUAUCAAAGAAAUUGCUAAUUCGUGUCUUAAUUUAAAGUAUCUCAAAUUGGAAGGGUGUGAUAAUGUUAGCAAAGAAGCCAUAAGUCAGCUCAUUUCACCUAAUCCAAAUAUUCAUGUUGAGAAUUUUGUGUGUACUAUAACACCAGCCUCCUUUGGUGCAUAUCCCAGAAUGUAUCAUCUGACGAGAAAACUGAAAAUUACAGUUGAUACACUAAGUGAUAUUAAGACCAUACAUGAAUAUGUUAAUGAUAAACUGAGAAGAAUGGGAAGGUGUAAUUUGAUCUGA